GCGUAGCCCAUGACAAGGUCCAGUUACUGCCCGCCAUUCCACCAGCCAACACGCUAAAACCCUAGUCAAAUCUUACUGCUCUGUUUUGCCACCAAAACCAUCCCUUAAACCCUUUCCCUUCCCUUCACCUGCGCAAAAGAUGGCACGCUCAGUUCGUCCUCUAAGAAGAAUCCUUCUUUCGCCUCCUAAAAACCUAUUUCCCGAACUUCAACAACUCCACCCAAAUGCCAUUCCAGUGUUUCACAAAAUUGAAUUACCCCAAACGAUCAUAACCAGAAAUUACAUAUCGGAAAUGCGUAAAUCCGCAUUUCAAGAGAACAUCCUCAGGAUCCUUCGUAGCGAGAUCCAAUACGAGUUCGAUCGUGCCCCGCCAAAACAACCUGUUGCCAAGUUCAAGUCCUUCGCUAUCGAUGACCGACCAGGAGAGCAAUGGAUUUCAUUGAAAAGGAAAUUUGCAGAGAAUGAAGAGAUUAAGGUGGAAGCAACCAUGUUUGAUGGAGCCACUCCAAGUUCAAAAUCCAGUGAUGUCACCAACAACAAUGUACAGCUUCACAUUACUUUGAUUGUUAAUAUCUCUAAGGGUGAUGGCGAUGCCUUAGAAAUCAUGUGCUCAGCUUGGCCAGAUUCCAUAGAAAUUACAAAGCUUUUCACUCGCAAGAGUAACAAGAUGCCAGCCCAAGCUUACGUUGGUCCUGACUUCAAGGAAUUGGAUGACGAAUUGCAAGAUUCACUCUAUGAAUUUUUGGAAGCAAGGGGUAUAAACGAUGAGAUGGCUGCUUUCUUGCAUGAAUACAUGAAGAACAAAGAUAGGACUGAGUACAUAAGGUGGAUGGGUACUGUCAAAUCUUACAUGGAGGAGAAGUAGAGAUUGUUUACUUAUUGUGCUUUCUUCCCAUAAUUCCUUAUGUUUAAUGGAACUUUAAACAAUGAUAGUAUCAAUUCUUGAUACGUAUCAAAAAUUUGACCAGCAUUCGUAGAUAGCAUCUCCAUGGUAAGAAUAAUUGAAGCAUCCAGUUUUUGACCAUUGAAGUUAUAAUCUAGCUUUUUCCGAUACAAGAAAUGAUGAAUGGUAGAUUCUAACCUAGUCGUCAACCUGAUAAAGACAUGAAUGAAGUGGAAACUGCUGGGAUGGAAAGGAUAGACUUAGGUUGAGAGGUCCAUGUCACAGGUAAACGUUUCUACAAGCAAUUUGGCCUUUUUAAGAUGUGUUACUUUGUCUAGGUAUGACCAAACAGAGCAAACAGAUUAUGAAGCAACUUAGAAAUGAACUGAAUUUUGCAUAUGCAAAUUAAAGAUUGUAGUUAGUGCAGUUAUGAGAUAAUCUGUAUACAGCAGUCAGACUUACAAUUA